CUUUGAUUGGGAAAAUUCUUCUUCUAAGUCAGGCUUACUUAUUAUUUCUAUUACCUACUAUCUUGGCGAAUGAGAUAAAAUAGCUCUACACCUGCACCUAUUAUUAUAUAUAUACGUACAUGUAAUCGUGGAGCACAACGUCCAUCAUGUCCAACCAAGCCAAGGUUGGCAUAUUCUCGCAGACAUCAAUAUGAACAAACCUAAGAUUCUCUUCAUUGACGCUUAUGAUUCUUUUAGUAACAAUAUUGUUUCUCUUCUGACAACGACGUUACAAGCUCAUGUUGAUAUCUUACCCAUUGAUCCUCCUGAGCUUCGCCCGCAAGCACCAAAUUUUACUCACGAGUUGACUGAUCUGCUGCGUCGCUAUGAUGCUGUCGUCUGUGGCCCGGGUCCCGGAUCGCCUAACUUGCCUCAGGAUGUGGGGCUUAUGAGAUACAUAUGGGACCUCGAACCGGCGCAUCUAGUCCCGGUUCUCGGAAUAUGCUUGGGUUUUCAAAGCCUAGUUGUCAGCUGUGGUGGCGUCGUGAAGAAACUUAAGACCGGUCUUCACGGCAUGAUUCGGGAAAUCGAUCAUGAUGCUGAACAACCUAGCUUAAACGAGGGAGAUAUCUUCUAUGGUGUUCCACCUUUUAAAGCUACGCUAUACCACAGUCUAUACGCGGAUAUUGGACAAGAUACCAUAUCUGCAGAUAAUUGGACGGCGUCGAAAUGGAUAUCCCCCACGCAUCUACCGGACAUUGUUCCCCUGGCCUGGGUGUAUGAAAACAGAGGUGACUAUACAGAGCGAAUCCUUAUGGGUAUGAAGCACAGGACGAGACCGUUCUGGGCCUUGCAAUAUCACCCCGAGUCAAUAUGUACGGAACCAACGGGCCAUCAAGUUAUUAAGAACUGGUUCAGUGAGGCCAUGCGAUGGAAUUAUACGAACGGCCGCAUCACAGAUUCCACCACUGUUUCACUCGGUUCUAUUACUAGACUACCAAAAUCUAGCGCACAUAGCGCUAAGGACAGUCUAGGCUUUAAUGGACAUGAUUUGGAUAGUCGUUCUUCAUGGGUAAAUGGCGAUAGCGACCUAGCAUCCUUUGGGAUAAAUCACUAUUACGGAUCCAGAACGAUAAAACUCCCAAUCCAUAUCGAGGCUCCCGACAUCGUUGAGAUACUACAGGGCGAUAGGAGGGAUUUCAUCAUUCUCGACUCUGCAAGCGCCAAGGCAAAUAGAAUCGGAGUUGAUGUACGAGGGCGUUAUAGCAUCAUCGCCUUAGAUGUUGAUGAGGCAUUGAAGUUGGAAUACAGAACGGGAGAUAGCCAUGUUACCGCCCGUUGCUCAUGUUCUCGACAACUUUUCUCGUCCGAAAAGAUUCAUCUCAGCCCUGGGAAAACCAUAUGGGAGCUAUUAGCUGAAUUCUGGACUAAGCGAAGAGUGGCACCCGAUGAUUGUUCUGCGCCUUUCCUUGGCGGCUUCAUGGGCUAUACUACUUACGAACUUGGAUUGGAAGGUAUUGACGUCAGUUCUCACGAAGAGAGACGCCACAACAGACCAGAUCUGUGCUUUGCCUGGGUCACCAAAAGUAUUGUGAUAGAUCAUACGGAAGGGAAUUUACGCAUUCAAUACUUAUCGCCAACGGAGUCUAAAGGAAACAACUGGGCAGACUCUAUCGUCGACAAGCUUUCAACGUCACCAGUUUGGUCAGAUGGGCUUCGCGCGGAUUUCAACAAGCGUUCACAACUAAGCCAGCUUACACCGCCGUCAACGCCGGAUUCCAUAUUUGCAAAAGCACAAAUACAAGUGCCGGACGCUGACGAAUAUGAGACAAAAGUCCGACAGUGUCAAGAUUUCAUUGCCUCGGGCGAUUCGUAUGAGUUGUGCUUAACAGAUCAGACGCAUAUCACGCGACCAAAAAUAUCCCCCGCGCUAGAAUCCUGCCCCCUAAGGCCUCUCGAACCCGGAAAAUCACCUCAGACUUCGUGGCAGCUAUAUCGUUCACUACGUUCCCGCCAGCCUGCCCCCUUCGGUUCGUAUAUCCGGCUUGGCGGCGCAACGCUGAUCAGCAGCUCGCCGGAACGGUUCCUCGAGUUCAGCGCCGAUGGUCUAUGUUCAAUGCGUCCGAUGAAAGGCACGGUGCGUAAAUCGAGCGCCGUCUCGACCCUCGCACAGGCCGAAGACAUCCUGCACGUACCGAAAGAAGAAGCUGAAAACUUGAUGAUCGUCGACCUCGUACGGCACGAUCUGCACGGCGUAUGUGGGCCCGGCCGCGUAGCCGUUCCUAAGCUUAACAUCGUCGAGGAGUACGCUAGCGUGUUCCAGAUGAUCAGCGUCGUCGAGGGCCAGCUACCGGACACCAAGGACGACGGAACGCCAAAGAAAACCGGCCUGGACGUCCUAGCCGCGAGCUUACCCCCCGGAAGCAUGACGGGCGCCCCCAAGAAGCGCAGCUGCGAGAUCCUGCACGAGAUCGAGGGCCGUCGCGAGCGGAGCCUGUACUCCGGCGUCGUGGGCUACAUGGAUGCCGCGGGCCGUGGCGACUGGAGCGUCACGAUCCGGAGCUUGUUCCGCUGGGACGACGAGACGGUCGAGGGCCAGAACCAGCAGGAGCACGAGGUCUGGCAUAUUGGCGCCGGCGGCGCGGUUACCGCUCUGAGUACGGCCGAGGGCGAGCGCGACGAGAUGUUUACGAAACUUAAGGGGCCGUUGGGGGUCUUUGAUGACGAGGCGUGAUUGAUGUACGACCUAUGAAUCUACAUUACGUACGGGUGGAUACAAUGUGUGUUUUUUUAUUUUUUAUAUGAAUAUCUAUCGUAUGUACAUACAUACAUACAUACAUACCUACAUAUUAGGCGUAUACAGGGGCGGGUAGGGUGCUAGAACUAGUAGAGCCCAUUGGCGGGCUAGAUGACUCAACGAUGCAUUACAGGGGCGAGAAAAAAGAAUUCGAUACGGGGAAUAUCGCGGCUCAUUCAUCAUAGAGUUCGCUUUUGGAUGGGUUGGUUGGGAUGGUAUACCACACUAGGUACUACAUAUAGCAUAGAAAUAUAAAACAGAAUAUUAUCUAUCG